AUGUCUGAUUUCUUUGGUUCAUUCAGAAAGAAGCGAGGAAAUGGACAGUCAGGAGCGACAUCUCCUCGAUCCUCGAUCGACAGCUUUUCUCGCAAGAGUCAAGGAGCCACAGAUAUCAGUGACGAACCUAUGCCAAACACUGAUGAGCAGAUUGACGAGCUGUUUGAUCAAAUGCUGAGUCGCCGAGGACUGGAUGACGAGAAAAAAAAGCCUCUCAAAUCAACACUCGACUACAAAACCAAAUGGGCCAUGAUUGUUCAGGACAAACGAGCAGAGCAAUCAGUGUCAGGCAGACGAUUAGCACCUGGCGAACAAGACGAGAAUGCACAGCCAUUGAUCACUGUGCUGUCUGAUCUCGCAGGAGAAAUGUGGUCUGCCACCAGAGAUUCAACAGCACGAGCUGUGGAGCGCCAUUCCAAUCGACACAGCCAUUUAGCACCUGCAGGACGACGAGUAUCAGAAGCCAUUCAACCAUCCACAUCCACAUCCACAUCCACUGGUAUCCCUGUAGCUGUGCCAUCAACUUCUGUAGCUUACGAGGGAGCUUCAGCAACAGAUAGAAAUUCACCCGAGUACUAUAUACGAAAAUUCAUGGAGGCUGAUUUAAGGGCUGUUACGCCAGCCUUGGCUGAUAACCUCGCAGUCAGCUUGAGAACUCGGCCCUUGGAUUGGGUUAUUCGAUUUACAGAUUUAAAGGGGCUCAAGGUGAUAGCCAAUGGAUUAUCGUAUUUAAACAAGAAGCCAGAUUCAGAGAGAAAAGGACAAGCGUUAGAGCUGGAAUAUGGGCUCAUCAAAUGUAGCAAAGUGCUGGUGAAUGCAAGAUGGGGUGCUCGUGAAGCCAUUGUCAAUCCAGACUACAUUCAUUCGUUUGUAUUCUCCAUCAUAUGUCCACAAUGGCAGUCGAGAAAGAUCAUUUGUGACAUUUUGCUGUUUCUAUGCCAUUGCGAUGUGCCUUUGGGCCACACCAUUGUCAUGCAAGGCUUUGAACUCUUGCGCCAACAUAGGAAGGAUUUUGGCAUAUUUGAUUCCUGGCUCAAGAACUUUGAACACACACUCGACGGCACCCGUAAAGUGGGUAGAUCUAACUCGAUGGACGAAUUCCACAAGGUGAAUGUCUAUGUACCUCCGGAUAGUCAUUUGGUGGAAUACUGCAUCUCCAAUGUCAGCCUGAUCAACGCGCUUGCCUAUAUACCAACUGAAGUGACAGACAGAGUCUACUUGCGAAGUCAGUUCAAAUCCUCAGGCCUGGAUCGCAUUUUCAGCAAGCUGGAGAGAUUGGAUGAUCAGCAGCUGUACGACCAAAUGGAUAAAUACAGGAGGAGAGCAGAGAAUGACAUGGAUGAGGCAUUUGGUGAUGAAAUCUCCAUGUACAGCGACAUUUCGCAGCCAAAUGAGCUGCUCGAGUUGAUUUUGGAGAACAUUGCUGAUGCUCCUAAUGCGCUUGACUAUUUACUGCAGACAUUUCGAAGCAUGCUGUUAAUCAAGGGAGAUGCUGAUAAAAAAACACACUAUCAUCAAGCGAUUAGCGAGAUUGUAGCCAAUAUCGUGCUGGAUCGCAGAGACAGCGUCAAUGCAAACGAGUUAGGAUCAGCAGCCUUUGGUAUCUCGGUCAACAACAUGAUUGGUCGUUUCAAUGAAUUAGAUCGCUUGCAAGACUUGGCAAGAUCAGCCGAGGAAGAUCGUGAACAAGCACUGAGGUUAGCGGCAGAGAACAAAGAUUUGAAGGAUCAAUUGGCCACAUUGAGAAGGUCCACCAGCAUUGAGCCCAAUCAGCGUAAUUACAAAAUGGAAAAUAUUGCUUUACGCGCACUACAACAGCAAUCCAACAAGACCAUUGCCAUGUUGCAAGCCAAGUUGGAUGAAAAGGCAGACGGUGUGGAAAGUGAAGCAGACAAGGCAUUACCCAUUGUAUCAGCACCCAUCGUUGUAGGUGAACAAUGGAAAUUAGCAGGUAGAAAGCCUGACACAACAGCACCGCUGUAUCCUCCGUCUUCACAAGAUAUAUCUUCUCAUCAACAUAUUGGACCUGGUGGAUUCGUUAUGCCUGGAUCAAGAUCUCCAACGUCACCCAUGCCACUCCACAGUCAAGUUACAACGGACCCCAAGAUGCGACCUACUCAUUAUUUACCUCCUCUCGACAGUGAACAUGGCAUAAUAACAGAUGAUGCUACUGAAUCAAAGAUACCUCAUGCUGCAGUUACACCCCUUCCAGCGCUUAAAUCAGACAGUAUACCUCAUGAAUCAGACAAUAGCACUCCACCACCUCCGCCCACUUCAGGACCUGCCGUCGGUGGUCCACCUCCUCCACCCCCUCCACCACCACCACCUGGUGCCUCUGGUCCACCACCACCACCACCACCACCUCCUCCUCCUCCUCCACCUCCUGGCACAUCUGCUCCUCCGCCUCCACCUCCUCCACCUCCACCUGGCGGCAUGGCGCCACCACCACCACCACCUCCUCCUCCAGGACCUCCUGGUGCUCCACCACCACCACCUCCUCCUCCAGGACCUCCUGGUGCUCCACCACCACCCCCUCCUCCUCCAGGCGGGCCAGGCGGACCACCACCACCACCUCCUCCUCCAGGAGGCAAAGGUCCCAACUUGCCACCUGUUCCCAUGGGACCCUUGCGUAAAGAAUUGCGCCAUUACCCUCAAGUGAAGCUCAAGAAUCUCCAAUGGCAGAAACUCGACGCUCGCAGUGUGGACAAUACCAUUUGGAAAUUGGAGGAUGUGAAUGAAAACGAACUGGAAGACGAUCUCGACAAACACGGUGUAUUUGAAAAGAUUGAAACCUUGUUCCCUGCCAAGGUCAAUAAUUUCUUUGAAAAGAGACUCAAGGCCAAGGUGGAUGAAAAGAAGGAUGCUGUCAAGUUUUUGAGCAAGGAAAAGACGAGAAAUAUCAACCUGGCUGUACUUCCCAAAGUCAAGGCGUAUCCAAAUUUCGCAGAGGUGAGAUUGGAUAUCAUGAAGGUCAAUGACGAACUCUGUACGGAAACCUUUUUGGGCAAUUUGAUUGCCUAUAUGCCCAGCAAAGAUGAUGAUUCAAAGACGAUGGAGAAAUACCAAAAGGAAACACCUGAGGUCUGUGAAGAAGAGCUGGAUAUUCCAGAACAGUUCACUAUUGAGAUGUAUCGCAUGUAUCGCUACGAAGCUCGCAUUCAAUUCAUGCUGUUCCGAGUACAAUUUUGGGAAAAGUUUGAGCAACUGGAGAAAAACAUGACAAUAGUACUCCAAGUCUCUGAUGCUUUAAAGAACUCCAAGAGUUUGAAGAAUUUGCUCUGCCUUAUUUUGGUGCUUGGUAACUUUAUGAACGCCUCUAGUUUACAAGGUGGUGCGUUUGGUAUGCGUAUAUCCAGUAUCAACAAGCUGGUGGAUACCAAAGCAUCCAACAUUUCUUCUCUGACGCUAUUGCAUGUGAUUACUGGUGUCACACGCCGUCAAUUCCCUCAGCUGCUGCAAUUCCUGCAAGACCUCAAAGACAUUGAACAAGCGUCUCGUAUCAUGGCCAGUCUUAAUGAUAUGAUUCAGCAAUAUACCGAAAUGAGAAAGGGACUCAAGGAUCUUGACCUUGAGCUAGGCACCCACUGGCAGCCUGAAGAUGUUGAAUUAGACGAUGAACAAGACCGCUUCCGCACUGUCAUGGGCAAAUACCAAGAGAAGGCCUCACUCAGAUUCCAAGAUUUGCAGACAUUGUACAUCAACAUGGAUGCCAGCUGGAAGGAUGUCAUGACAUGGUAUGGUGAAAAUCCAAAGGUGAUGCGGCCAGAUGACUUUUUCGGUACAUUUGCACGCUUUGUGGUGACAUGGAAGGACGCAACUGCUGCCGAGGAAAAGAUGCAGUUAAAGCAAGAGCGCGAUGAAAAGAGAAAGCGAGACGAAGAAGAAAGAAAGGAGCGACUCAGAAUCAAAAAGGAAAAGGCGGAAGCAGCGCUCAAAGAAAAACGAGGAUCUGUUCAAGGCAUCAGUACCGAUUCAGAUGGCAAGGGAGAGAGUGAUCGUUGCAUGAUGGACAACUUGUUGGACAAGCUGAGAACUGGUGAAGUGGAAGUGCGUACAUCAAGACGUCGUAGUAGAAAGCAAAAGCAGCGAGCGGAUCAAGAUGACAUGGUCACGGAUGAUUUAUCUGCUGCUGCUCUUCUCAAGAGCUUAGAAGCAGAAGACUAA